AUGUCUCCCACAACACUCUUUUUACUCGUAGCGUUCCUGUGUAUUUCUUUGGUCGUCGCUGGUACCAUCAACGAUGACCCGACUUCUGCGAUAGCUUCCGCUCUUUUAGACUCCGUCGGGGGCGACACGGACGUUAAAUCUCACAAAGCCGGCAAAAUGGAGCACGCGUUCAACUCAACUUCAUCAUCGAACUCGACUUCAAAAUCUGCCGCAAAGAAGGAGUUCUCAUCUUCAAAACGCCCCAAUAUAUCGCCUCCUCCCUCCGCAGCUUUCACCGCCGGUGUCGGAUCCAUCGUUCCAGUCGUUGCAGUCGUCAUUACUCUCGCUAUGGUCGGCUUCCGUUUGUAUCUCAACAAGCUGGAAGAAGAUGACGAUUCAAUGCAAAAAAAUGAUUCGGAAUGGGCCAAGCCGCGGACAGGACUCGAAAAAGAAAUGAGUUGAUGGAAGAAUCCGAACAGCGUCGUUCCCACACAGAUCCAAAGUCGCAUCAUAUCUACACUGGAAGCAUCCUUGACACUACCGAGACGGGUUCUCCAAAUCACACACC